AAAUUUUACUAGAAUUAUCAAAUACAAUUAACAAAGAUUUCUUACUGUAUGGUUCGGAUAUGUGGUGGAUAGGGAUUUUGUUUUUUGGUUUAGUGUAUGCUGAGGGUGAUUUUAGAACUGUUGAAUUAGAACAGGGGUUUGUUAGGGGUGAGAAGUUUUGGGAUGGUGAUUAUUAUGAGUUCUUUGGUGUACCUUAUGCCACUGCGCCUACAGGACGAGACAAAUAUAAGGGUCCGUUGCCGGUAAAGACAUGGCAGGGAGUUUUCGAUGCGAAAGUAAGAAACACCGUUUGUUAUCAAACUUAUUAUACCGGAGAAGAUGAUGAAGAAAGUCUUUUAUCAGGAGAUGAAGAUUGUCUUGUGAUUAAUCUUCUAGUACCUAAAUUAGCUUCAGAAGAAAAUUUAGUACCAGUAAUGGUAUAUAUUCAUAGUGGAGCGUUUUCAGGAGGCAAUGGGAAUAUGGCUAAAUUUCAAUAUUUAGCCAGACAUGAUAUUAUAGUUAUUAGUUUCAACUAUAGGUUAGGGGCAUUAGGUUUCGCGUGUCUUGGUAAUGAAAUAAUACCCGGUAAUGCUGGAUUGAAAGACCAAGUAGCAGCAUUAAAAUGGAUAAAUAAAAACGUAAUUAAAUUCGGCGGUGAUCCUACAAAAGUUACUCUCGCAGGAUUCAGUGUUGGGGCUUCUAUGGCAGAAUUACUUACGUUUACUAAAUCUACUGAAGGAUUAAUAGACAAGCUUAUUUUAGAAAGUGGAUCAGUAUUAUCUCCUUUCACUAUAAACAGAGAUCCGAUCAGUACUGCGACGAAUAUCGCAAUAUCCAUGGGGUAUAAUGGUACAGGGGAAUUAGAUGAUUUGACAGAGUUCUAUUUAAACGCAACCCCUGAAGUAUUAGUAUCAAAGAGUUUAAACUUUUUCUUACCUAAUAGUACUUUUGGAUUUGCUCCUUGUAUAGAAAAUGUUCACGAAGGGAUCGAACCAUUUUUAACCGAAUCACCGACGGAUAUAUUAAAGAAAGGAGAAAACCAGAAACUACCAGUUCUAACUGGUUUUGCUAACAUGGAAGGUAUAAGUAGGUUGAUACAAUUCGGUAAAUGGCGUACACCGAUGACAGAGAAUUUCUCUGAAUUUUUACCGGUCGAUCUAAAGUUUCCUGAUGAAAAAACAAAGGAAGAAGUUGCAAAAGAGAUAAAGCAACGCUAUUUUAAAGGCGAAGAAGUAAAUUUGGAGAACAUACAGAGUUACGUUGAUUAUUUCUCUGAUUCUAUGUUUAAAUAUUGGAUUAUGAAGUCAGCUAAACAUCAUGCAGGAACAUCUAAGAAGCCUACGUAUUUGUAUGAGUUCACAUACGUUGGUAAUAUGAAUAUUAAACAUAAUUACAUGGAUCGGAUACAUGGAGCCAGUCACCGAGAUCAAACAGCUUAUUUACUUGAUUUCUUCGCGUGGUCGAACACUUAUAAAGAUCUAGAUACAAGAGACCGGAUGACUUUGAUGUGGACAGAUUUCGUUAAAUAUGGAGAUCCAACUGCCUAUGAGACCAGUCUUAUCAAUUUCAAAUGGCGACCCUUUAAUAAUCAAAAGGCGAUCUACUUGCAAAUUGACAAGGUAUUAACUAUGAAGAGAAAUUUGUUUCAAGAAGAAUACAAGUUCUGGGAUAAAAUUUAUGAAAAGUAUUAUUGGAAUCCAGAACCGCCUAAGAAAGUUGAAAUUAAGAAAGGCGAAAAUAAAAUUGUGACAAAUGAAAAUGAAGAUAAACAAUUGAAAAUUGAGAAUAAAGGUAACCAGAAAAUUAAUAAAAAUGACAGCAAAACUGAAGAUAAGAAAGCGAAGAUUGGAAACGAAAACAAGCAAGUUAAAGAGGAACAUAAAAAUAAGCAAGGGAAGUGAAAAUGCAGAACGACAAUGAAAGUAAGAAGUCUGUAACACUAGUUGAAUAGUUAAAUUACGCGAUUAAAAAUAGAAGAUAAUGAUUAUUGUUUUAAAUUUCGGUAGAUUUUUUUCAAACAUGCAAAUUUUCCCUUGCGUUGUGGAUAACAGUGAAAUCAAAACCAUAAAUUGCGAUUCAAAAAUAGGGCGAGGGAGUUCUUCAAACAGAUGUGUCAAACACAGUUCUUUAUUAUAGAAGGGGAACGUAAAAUCAAUACUCCUUUGAAGCAUCACAAAAAUUCACAUAUUUUUUCAAAGAAAAAAUCACCAAAACGUAAGCGGAUUUAAAAAUACUGGAGUGUC